GUUGAUUCGCGCCGCCAUGCUAUCUCUAGAGUACACAUGGCGUUCUCCCAAAUCGUAGCCAAAAGCGCCGAUGAAUCCCUCCAGGCACCAGUGUUCCCCGCAUCAAUUGGGGUGCAACCUCACUACACAUUCUCCUGACCAGCGGGUUCGUUUACAAUCGAUAUCCGAAUUAACAGCGCCUCCUCCCCUCCCUCUCUCGCAACCUGAUAAUACUGCAGUAAUAUCCCCCGACGAGACCAUGAACGACCACUCGCUCCGCCUCCUCACGGCGCUAACCUUCAUCCCCGCCUUCCCUCUCUGCCUCGCCCAUGGCAUCAACUCGGGGCGCGCCGUCCCCGCCGUGGGGCUCGUCCCGCUCGCCGGAUCCGCCGUAUUCGCGAUCUUCCUAAUCCAGUGGAAGAAGCAGCGCGAGGACGCGACGCCGGUGCAUCCGGCGAUCCUCUAUGUGGUGGACUCAGUCCUUGCGACGGGGCUGAUGAUAGUGCUGGUGUAUACGUGGGUGGAUCUCACUUGGGUGACGAGGAGUCAGACAAUGUUGGCGGCGUAUGCGACGUUUCCGUUGCUGGUGAAUUUGUGAGACUGGUUGCGAUUUCAUUGAUCCGUCGCUCAUUUGCCGCGCAUUCUUCGAAACGGGUUCCUUGUUUCCAGCCAAUUCGCAUCGCAUCCCAGAAUGCCAUGUAAGCUGACCCUCGAUCCCACCCCACAGCUUCAUCCACUUCUACUUCGCCGUCCACACCUUCUACUUCGGCUUGGGCAUCGACCAGGUACUCAAAUACCUCGCCGGCCACUUCACCCCAUC